AUGACCGCUGAUGACGGACACCGCGGGGGGGAGCUGAGACCCCCCGACAGACGCCCGCCGGGCUCACCGCGAGAGCGUUGGGCCGACGACGGAGCCGAGAGCGACGGAUCCCUCCCCGGACCGCUCUCCACCGCCGCUCCCCGUUCGGGAGGAGGAGGCGGCGGGGGCAGCGCGGCGGGCACGGCCGGCACCCUGACGCUGCUGCUGGGAGAGGGCAGCAAGCGGCUGCCGCAGGCCAUCAUCAUCGGCGUGAAGAAGGGCGGCACGCGGGCGCUGCUGGAGUUCCUGCGGGUGCACCCCGACGUGCGCGCCGUCGGCGCCGAGCCCCAUUUCUUCGACCGCAACUACGAGCAGGGCCUCGCCUGGUACAGGGACCUCAUGCCCAGGACUCUGGAGGGGCAGAUCACCAUGGAGAAGACCCCCAGCUACUUCGUCACCAAGGAGGCCCCAGCCCGCAUCUCCUCCAUGGCCAAGGGCACGAAGCUGAUCGUGGUGGUGCGGGACCCCGUGACCAGAGCCAUCUCGGACUACACACAGACGCUCUCCAAGAAGCCCGACAUCCCCACCUUUGAGAGCCUGACCUUCAAAAACAGGACUACGGAGAUUUGUCACCAAAAGAGGCUGUGA